AUGGUAGCUAAUAUGACCUUUCUGGUGGCAUGUGUGACAUUCAACAGAGAGACAGACGGAGAAGAGGUGCCCAAAACGGUUACAAUCAGGGACGGAUACAUGGGGGCAAGUAACAAAAAAUUAGAACAUUUUAUGAUGAGAAAGCAAAGUAAAAUUAAUGCAAUUUUUAAGAGAAAAGUUACUGAUGAUGUUGGAGUUCAAACAAGUCAACCCUCUAAUCUUGUUUCACAAGAAGUUCAAGUAAGUGAACUCUCUAAUCUUACUCAAAAUAUACAUCAACAAAAAGCCAAAGUUCCAAGAUUAGAAAGAGAUGUUGAUAUCUCUUUACUAGAAAGGGAUCCAGGAAAGCGACGUCCAAUUUGGCAGUAUAAUGUCAAUGAACGUGAUAAGAUUCGUAGAGCAUACAUAAUAGCUGGGCCAUACCAACCAACAAAUAUUAGCUAUCCAACUUCUGGUAAUAACAAUCAUCGUCGAUAUUUUCAAUCUUCUUGGUUUAAGAAAUUUUCAAGUUGGUUAGAAUAUUCACCAGAAAAAGAUGCUGCCUAUUGUUUGCCUUGCUACUUGUUUGGUAAACAUUAUGGUGCUCACAAUGAUGGAAAAAAUGCAUUUUCAGAGUUAGGAUUUAGUAAUUGGAAGAAAGUAAACAAUGGAGUGAAUUGUGCAUUUGUAUGUCACGAGGGUUCUAUUCCUAAUUCUCCCCAUAAUUUAUGUGUGAAAUCUUGUGAUGAUUUAAUGGCUCAAUCUAAGCAUAUAGACAAAGUUCUUGAUAGGCAUAGUGAUGAAACUAUUGCAAAUAACCGCUUAAGGUUGAAGACAUCUAUUGAUGCUAUUCGAUGGCUUGCAUUUCAAGCAUGUGCAUUUAGAGGCGAUGAUAAAAGUCAUGGAUCUUUGAAUAGGGAAAAUUUUAUUGAGUUAAUUAAGCUUUUGGCUUCCUGUAAUCAGAAUGUUAAUAAUGUUGUUCUUGAAAAUGCUCCUGGAAAUGCUCAAUAUAUAUCUCCCGGUGUUCAAAAAGAUAUAUUACAUAUCUUUGCUAGAAAAGUGCGUGCAACAAUUCGAGAAGAAAUUGGUGAUUCUAAAUUUUGUAUAAUUAUUGAUGAAGCAAGAGAUGAGUCAAAGCGAGAACAAAUGUCUGUGGUUUUGAGAUUUGUAGACAAACACGGUUGUGUUCAAGAAAGAUUUUUUGAUCUUAUACAUGUUUCUGAUACGUGUUCUUUGACAUUGAAAACAGAAAUUUCAUCAGUUCUUUCUCGUCAUAAUCUUGAUGUUCAAAAUAUUAGGGGACAAGGGUAUGAUGGAGCUAGUAAUAUGCGUGGUGAAUGGAAUGGACUACAAGCUCUAUUUUUGAAAGAUUGUCCUUUUGCUUAUUACAUUCACUGUCUUGCUCAUCGAUUACAAUUAGCACUUGUUUCUGCAGCUAAAGAAGUUUGCUAUGUUCAUCAAUUCUUUUCAAAACUUACACUAAUUGUGAAUGUUGUGACUGUUUCUCCUAAACGUCAUGAUCAGUUAAGGGUUGCUCAAGCAAAUAAUGUUGCAAACUUAAUUGCCGAUGAUCAACUUAUGACAGGUAGUGGACUUAAUCAAAUUGGUACUUUGCAAAGAGCUGGAAAUACUAGAUGGGGGUCUCAUUUGAAUUCUGUACGUAGCUUGCUAUGCAUGUUUGAUACUACUUGUGAAGUUCUUGAAAAAAGCACUGAAGAAGGUAAUUUCUCCACUCGUGGUGAUGCUAGUGCUGCUUAUGAUGCUAUCACAUCCUUUGAAUUUGUCUUUGUUUUGCAUUUGAUAAGAAAUAUUUUGGAAGUUAGUCAUGAUCUUUGUCAAGCUUUGCAACGAAAAAAUCAAGACAUAUUGAAUGCUUUAACUCUGGUUUCUACUAGCAAGACUUUAAUCCAACGAAUGAGAGAAUCAAGUUGGGAGGCUUUCAUAAAAGAAGUUAUAUUGUUUUGUGAGAAACAUGAAGUUGAAGUUCCUGAUAUGAAUGCAUUGCAUAUUCCUAGAAGAGGCCGAACUCGCAAAAUUGUUGACCAAAUUUCAGUGGAGCAUCAUUACCGUGUUAAUUUAUUUCUGGCUGUAAUUGAUACACAGUUAGAAGAGCUUAAUGGAAGAUUCAAUGAUAAUAUGGUGGAAUUGCUUACUUUAAGUUCAACUUUAGAUCCCAGAGAUAAUUAUAAGUUCUUCAGUGUCAACAAAGUAUGUGAAUUAGUAGAACGAUUUUAUCCAGGUGACUUCAGUGACCAAGAGAAAUUUCACAUUAGAAUGCAAGCUCAACAUUAUGAACUUGAUGUUCUUAAUCAUGUUGAGUUAACUAACUUGUGCACAAUUUCGAAGUUAUGUCAAGGAUUAACGAAGACAGGAAAGUCUUUAACAUAUCCUUUGAUUGAUCGUUUGAUUCGCUUGAAGAUUGCUGAAAGAUUUGACACCGAUUCUAUUAUCGAUGAAUUUUAUGAUAUGAAGAAUCAACGUGUACCACUUCGUUAG